CGCUAGCCGCGCGGCAGCCCGGAAUCUGGGCCGGCAUGAGGACCGCCGCGGGGGGACGUCCGCGGCCCGCGUCGGCGCUGGGGACAAAGAAGCCAUGCAGUGACACCUGCUAAGACUUGUUGGUAGCCAUGUCGGAGCCCCACAGGGUCCAGUUCACCUCUCUCCCAGGUUCUCUGAAUCCUGCAUUUUUGAAGAAGUCCCGGAAAGAGGAGGUUGGGGGAGCAGAACAGCAUCAGGAUUGUGAGCCAGCCGCGGCAGCUGUUCGAAUUACACUCACCCUCUUUGAACCAGAUCACAAACGCUGCCCCGAGUUCUUCUACCCAGAGCUGGUGAAGAAUAUACGAGGAAAGGUGAAAGGCCUUCAAUCUGGAGAUAAGAAGAAAGAUCUCUCAGAUCCUUUUAAUGAUGAAGAAAAGGAAAGGCAUAAAGUGGAAGCCCUUGCACGGAAAUUUGAAGAAAAAUAUGGCGGAAAGAAACGUAGAAAAGACCGAAUACAGGACUUGAUUGACAUGGGGUAUGGUUAUGACGAAUCUGAUUCCUUCAUCGAUAACUCUGAGGCGUAUGAUGAGCUUGUUCCUGCUUCUUUGACCACAAAGUAUGGAGGAUUUUACAUUAACUCAGGAACUCUGCAAUUUAGACAAGCAUCUGAAUCUGAGGAUGAUUUCAUUAAAGAAAAGAAGAAAAAAUCUCCAAAGAAGCGGAAGUUGAAGGAAGGUGGUGAGAAGAUAAAGAAGAAGAAAAAAGAUGACACUUAUGACAAGGAGAAGAAAUCGAAAAAGUCCAAGUUUUCCAAAGCCGGCUUCACAGCCCUCAAUGCCAGUAAGGAAAAGAAGAAGAAGAAAUACUCUGGGGCUUUAAGUGUUAAAGAGAUGCUAAAGAAAUUUCAGAAGGAGAAAGAGGCUCAGAAAAAGAGAGAGGAGGAGCAUAAGCCUGUAGUGGUCUCAUCAGUGGAAGCUCAGGGCCUGCGGGACUUGGAGGGUGCUUCUGACCCCUUGCUCUCACUCUUUGGCUCCACUUCUGACAAUGACUUGCUCCAGGUGGCCACUGCCAUGGACUCACUGACAGAUUUGGACUUGGAGCAGCUGCUCAGUGAGUCUCCAGAAGGAAGCCCUUUCCAAGAUAUGGAUGAUGGAAGCGAUUCCCUUGGGGUGGGAUUGGACCAGGAAUUCAGGCAGCCCUCUUCCCUCCCCGAAGGCCUGCCAGCACCCCUGGAGAAGCGCAUUAAGGAGCUGGCUCAGGCUGCCAGAGCUGCUGAGGGAGAGAGCAGACAGAAGUUCUUCACCCAGGAUAUGAAUGGCAUCCUACUAGACAUAGAGGUGCAAACUCGGGAGCUGAGUAGCCAGAUCCGUUCUGGGGUAUAUGCCUAUCUCUCUUCAUUCCUGCCCUGCAGCAAGGACGCUCUGGUUAAACGUGCUCGAAAACUUCACCUCUAUGAACAGGGUGGGCGCCUGAAGGAGCCUCUCCAGAAGCUCAAGGAAGCCAUUGGCAGGGCAAUGCCUGAGCAGGUGGCCAAGUACCAGGAUGAGUGCCAGGCACACACGCAAGCAAAGGUCGCUAAGAUGCUGGAAGAGGAAAAAGACAAGGAGCAGAGAGAACGGAUUUGUUCUGAUGAGGAAGAUGAUGAAGAAAAGGGUGGCAGGAGGAUAAUGGGACCAAGGAAGAAAUUCCAGUGGAAUGAUGAAAUCAGGGAACUGCUGUGCCAAGUGGUGAAGAUCAAACUGGAAAGCCAUGAUCUGGAGAGGAACAAGGCCCAGGCAUGGGAGGACUGCGUGAAGGCCUUUCUGGAUGCAGAGGUCAAGCCUCUCUGGCCCAAAGGCUGGAUGCAGGCCAGGACUCUGUUUAAGGAGAGUCGACGAGGCCAUGGACACCUGACAUCAAUUUUAGCCAAGAAGAAAGUAAUGGCCCCUUCUAAAAUCAAGGUGAAGGAGUCUUCUGCUAAGCCUGAUAAAAAGGCUUCCGUCCCAUCAGGACAAAUGGCUGGCUCCACUGCUUUGCCAUCGGAACACCAGGGAGGAGGCCUGAACAUUGGGUCCACGAGUAGGGAGCCCCCAUCCCAGGUGUCUGGUGGCCUCACUAACCCUGCUCCUGUCAACCUGGAGGACUCAUUGGAUGAAGACUUGGGCCAUGAUCCAGCCUCCUCGAUGGAAGCCGUGUCCAAGGAGCUGGCCGUGUUGAAUAGCAGAGUGGCUGGGAGCUCUGAGUUCACAAUGGCUGCACCCUCCAAAGCACCAGCAGAAAAAGUCACAGGUGUUUUGUGUGCAGAAGAGAAAAGGAACUUUGUGAAACCCAACCCCUCUGCACCACCACCCGCUAGCACACUGCAGUCACCCCUAAAUUUUCUGGCUGAACAGGCUCUAGCACUGGGGCAAUCCUCUCAGGAGAAAAAACCAGAGAGUUCUGGCUACAAAGAGCUGUCCUGUCAGGCUCCCCUCAGCAAGGGCCUGCCAGAAGUACACCAGUCCAAAGCAAAGCACCACAGCUUGCCACGGACGUCUCAUGGACCCCAGGCGGCAGCUCCAGUACCUGGCCCCCAAGUCAAAGUCUUUCAUGCAGGCACUCAGCAGCAGAAAAAUUUCACGCCCCCAGCUCCAUUUGUCAGUAAACUCCAAGGCCCAAAGGCUUCCUCCCCACAGUGUCAUCGUUCCCUUGUGCAGCUAGUGAAGACAGCAGCCAAAGGCCAGAGCUUCCAUCCCCCCACACCAACCUCCUCUGGAGGCUCACCAUCUUCCAGUGGCAGCUCUCAUAAGACCCCAGCCUCGUCCUCUACUGCCCUGAGCCACCCAGCAAAACAGCACCCAGCCAACUCUGCGGGGCCAUCUUAUAAGAAUAAUCCAUUUGCUGGCUCUAUCUCCAAACAUGGGGUUUCUUCUGGCAGCUCUUCCUCUGGAGGAACCCGAGUGCAGAGCUCUGCUUCUGGGACCCUGCUCCCCAGCAUACAGCCUCCUUCCACAGGACAGUCCACCAGCCAGCCUGUCCCAAGCUCGACAGUGAAGAAACCACCUGUUUCCCAGAAGCUGACCCUGGUAGCCCCUCCUGGUGGUCCAAAUGGAGAUUCCGGUGGUGGUACCCAGGGAGUGGCAAAGUUACUGACCUCCUCCCUGAAGCCCGCCACAGUUAGUAGUGUGACAUCAUCUACCUCCUUGCCAAAAGGACCGGGUGGGGCUGUGCUGCUGACCAGCUCCUCUCCCUUAAACCUGCUGUCUUCAUCCUACAAGUCCAGCAACCCCAAGCUGCCUGGGGCAGUGAACUCUAACUCACUGGGGAUCCUUGCCCCUGUCCCAUUUCCACUCCAUGUGCUCUCCUUCAGUGCGGAGUCCUCUGCUAAAGCGGGGGUCUCCAAGGAUGCCAUCGUCACAGGCCCAGCCCCUGGGACCUUCCACCACGGUAUCAGCCACAGUCUUCUGGCUGGCUUGCACUCCAGCCCGCCCCAUGCAGCAACUCUCCCACAUGCUGCCGUGUCCACCCAUGUCCCGCAGAGUCUGCCAGAUGCUUCUCAGCUUCACGGGAAGGGGCCUAGUGUGCCACGGAAGUUGUGACCACUUGAGAGGACAGGCUCGAUUGACUUGGGUCCAGUGGAAGCUCAACGUGGAGGUCUCAGAUGGCGGGCGUCUCCUGCACACUCUGCAUACUGGUUUCCUUCCGAAGCAGGCGUGAGUUCCCGGAGCGUGUCCUGGCACUUCUGACAAGCCUCCAACUAAGGAGCAGCUCACGCUGCUGGUGAAGCACUUACUGACCUGGUGCUCUGGGCCUCACAGCUCUGUUGCUGGAAGGUUGUUAGAGGGCAGCUCUGGGUGUGGGAGUGUGCUGGGCUCUUGGGAAGCGGGGAGUCCACAAGCUCUGGUUGCAGAUCCGUUGGCACAGCUGUUUAGGUCUGCCUGGCCCCCAGCACUCAGUCCAAGUACCUCACAGCACUUGAUGGGUCUGGGGCUCCUUCUGGCCACAUUAGGAUCCCUGGAUGGUCAGUGUUAUCCCAUCCCCAAGCUGUGUGCUCAAAAGGACAAGACCCAGGCCUGAGCCACAGGUGGGAGGCCCCUCUUGUCUCCUUGCAAAAUAUUAAGAACUCUUACUGUGUGCUAUCUAUGGGGGACCAGUUUUUCCUCUGAACAUGACAAUGAAGCUCUUAUAGAGAAGAGACCUUUGUAGAUUCAACAAUUAUGGUAGGAUUUUUAAAGACAUCUAUCUUGGGCUCAGUUUUCGUCAUUACCAUUAAAUGCAUUGGAUAGAAUGGGACUGCUCUUCACACGUCACAUUAUAGGAAGACUCAAUUCCAGUGCCUUUAUGGUGGAGCAGAAUUCGACAACACAACGUCCAUUCAGUCCCCUGAGUGGAUCUGAGAUGAAGACCUUUUUUUAAAGAGAUGUCUGUAUUUAGGACAUAGCCAGUUUUAUUUAAUUGAGAUUUUUAUGGUUGCACAUCAUAACCUGCGCCGUCCUGACUUGAAAGUCAUCUGGGACCCCAACCCCAGGUCCCAGUUGAGCCAGGGCUCCCAUUUUGUUUUUCCAGAGUUGGUACAGGUAGACUGCAGGGGAACCCCAAAGCCCUUUGUGUGUGAGGGCUGAGACGAGGGAUUCCGAGUCACAGGUGACAUUCCAGUUUCUUAUUCUUAGAAAUCCUUCUUAGGCAGAGUUGCAGGGAUAGGCCUCUGUGAAGCGUCUGCUGCCUACAGUGGACCUGGAAGUGUUGAGCUCUCCAGGCAGUGGGGUUCUUUGUGGACUGGGGUGCUGCCCAGAGGAACUGGAGAGUGAAUCUGAGGCAGGUGAGGAUAGCAACUAUAGAACUCCUGUCACCAGGCUGGUCACACUCAGCCAGUGGCCAUUUCACAAGGACUUCGAGGGCCCUUGCUUAUUCUGUGAAUCUGUGCCACAGGUGAGUCUGACUGCCCAGGUGAGCAAUUUGACAUGUUAAGAGAGCAUCCUCAGCAUGUGCACCUGGGUGAAAACAGACAGUCUUUCGGUUCCUGACUCCCAGGUGCGAUGCUCAGUAACUCCCACUUCCUGUGGAGGUUGGUGCCCUUCCCCCUGUGCUGGGAGCAAGACCUCUGUCAGCUACUCAGCCUGGCCUCUGCUCUGACUCUUUUUGUAUGUAAGAACCAAUCUGUUUCACAUUGGGCCACAUGGGUUCCUUAUCCUUUUAUUAUAUAUAUUUUUUGCAACUUGGAUUUCCAGUUUGUUUACAGAAUAGUCUUAGGUAGUAGCAAAAGAGCCAAAGAAGAGAUUUGUAUAGCUGAGCUCAAAGCCGAGCCGAGGCCGUCAGCGAAGGCUGAGCAGUGGGAACUCUCCAGGCUCCUCUGCCCAUGAACACCCAGGUCCCAGCCCCAGCCCCCCUCACCUCCCUCCUCGCCCUUUGGUGCUCCCUCCUCCCCGUGUGCCACUGAGUGUGCAGCUGGAGCAGGAUACCCUUGUCCUUAGGAAUCUAGUGAUGCCUCUUGCCUCAGGGAAAUGUUUCUUUGAUGGGGAGUUUGAGAUUUCUUUUUCUUGUUUAUGCUUUAUUUGUGGUAACGAAAGAGUGAAUGACAAACAGCCAUGGCAAGGCAGAUCUACAGCCCAGCUGCAGUGGAGGCGUGGGGCAGAGCACGCUCAAGGGGCUGCAGGGGUUCCCUUGGCGGGCGGAAGUCUCUGAGCACUUACCGAACAUGGCCGUUUCUUAGGUGUGAGAGGGGCUGUUACUUUUGUGCAGCGACUAUGUUGGUGUUGGGGGUGGUGUGGAAAUUGUUAAUCUUGUAUAA